AUGUGGCCCCCCGACCUCGGGCCUCCAGAUGUCCAGCUGACCCUUCCUGGUUUUGGGAGUGUGUUUGAAGAUGCGGAGGACCCUCAGGCGCCGCUGUCUUCCAGUGGCUUCUGCCAGUCAUCGAUCCAUUCAGGUGGUUUGGGCGUGUGCUGUCUUCCAAGGACUUCCCUGUCCCUGUCCUCUCUGGGCCGUGACCUCACCUCCCUGCUCAGCUGUAAGACGAAUGGAUCCCAUGUUGAUAAAAAAAUGGAGGACUUUGCCACCACAGCACACACAGACACCAAGAACAACACCCAGAGGUUCAGUUGUUACCCCCAGCCCUCUCUUCCUAUAUCUUACAUGCUCACCAGCUGUGCCACAUCUUCCUCUUUCUGUACCCCACCAUCCUCUCUUUCCUCCUCCUCCUCCUCCUCAUCUUUAUUCUUUACCUCUUCCUUGCCUCUUUCUGAUGCACUUGGGGCCAACAGCAAACCUUCUCAGCAACAGCAAAAGCUACUGGAAGAGUAUCACUCAAUAAAACAAGAGCCAGCAGAUGAUUUCCUGCCCUGUAAGAGGGAGCCGUUUCAACUUAACAACCAGCAGGGGGAGCUGUACCAUGUGGGCCAGCCCCUCCAGGGCCUUGACGGUCAGGACAGUACCCCUCUUCAUUCACCCAGACUUAACGGACCCACAGGACAGGACGCCACUGGGGACCAGCAAGAUCAACCGUGUCAUUGGAUCGACUGUAGUGCCGCUUACAGCAGCCAGGAGGAGCUGGUGAGGCACAUCGAGAAGGUGCAUAUUGACCAGCGCAAAGGGGAGGAGUUUGCCUGUUUCUGGGCUGGUUGUGUGCGGCGCCACAAGCCCUUCAACGCUCGCUACAAGCUGCUGAUCCACAUGAGAGUCCACUCUGGAGAAAAACCCAAUAAAUGCAUGUUUGAGGGCUGCUCCAAGGCCUUUUCGCGUCUGGAGAACCUGAAGAUCCACCUGAGGAGCCACACAGGAGAGAAACCGUAUAUCUGUCAGCAUCCCGGCUGCCUCAAGGCCUUCAGCAACUCCAGCGACCGAGCCAAACACCAGCGCACACACCUGGACACGAAGCCGUACGCCUGUCAGAUCCCAGGAUGCACCAAGCGCUACACCGACCCCAGCUCGUUACGAAAGCACGUCAAAGCUCAUUCAGCCAAAGGCCUUCAGGACAGGGAGGUCAAGGUUCAAGUGCACUCUUUGCUGGAAUCGGAAAUUUUAAGUGACUGUCUGGCAAGGCAGCAUCUCCACAGCUCCGCCUCCCACCAAGGAAACAGCUCACCUUUACCGGGCAUAGAUGACUUCACAGGUGUGUACUCAAACAGCAGCACCGUCCAUAACAGAGGGAGUUCGGAGUUUCUGCCUCCAUCAUCAGACACCUGCUCGAGGUAUCAAGGCAUGGAGGGAAACACCAGCAGCCGAUUAUCUUCGUUAACAAGCCCAGGGAGCAUGAGAGAAGAGAACCGACCGACAUUGUUGUUCAUGUCUGCUGACGUCAGCCCAGUGAGCUCCUCAUCAGAUGGGGCGGACGUCCGGCUGCAGGGUUACCACAAAAACUACAACCACCAACAGCAAGUGUUUUCACAGCAGCAGCAAGGCUGUUUGUAUGGAGAAGGAAAAGUGGUUCAACCUGCCAACGAUGGAGACUUUGAAGCCUCUGGUUAUUUUACGAACUCUUCCACCUCUCACUCUACAGGGUUUGACUUGUUGCAGGACCUCCAGGGCCAGGCAGGGGGCGGGUACUCCAUGUCUCCUUGCCCAGACGACAACUUCCUCUUCCAGGCAGGAGGUGUCGACCGCUGCCUCAAUCAGAUCUACUCCAUCUACCUGGACUCAUGAUGACGACCCAGAACCAAAAGAACAAAACAAAAGUUAGAAUCACUUUGUUUUCCCAAGAACAAAAAGCAGCAUGUAUGAUGUACUGUAUGACAGCAGACAAUCACACCAACAAACAACAUACUGUAUAUUCAAGGCUGACGUUUUGUUUUUUUCUACUUGUGAAAAAUGUGCCAAUAAGAGCUUUAAUAGUACAAACUAAUUAAAAUAUCCAUGAGGCAGAGCUGUUUGGUCAAAUUAGAAAUAGCAGUGACUUUUAUAUUCAGAAAUGACCACAGCAUUUGUGAUCUGGAUAGAAUGAGCUAUGAGCUUUAGGUCAGGUAACUGGCUCUCCGGCUCUGCCACUGAUGUUAAACUCAACCGAUGGCGUUAUUUUUGCAUCCUCAGCAGCUUUUCCGUCAUAAAAUGUUAAAAGGGAAAGCUUUGACCCUAAAUGGGAUCCUAAACUAUAGUGAAUCCUUAUCUGGGAUCAAUUUAUGAAUCUGUUAGUGCCAUAAGAUAAGAAGAAAAUACCACAAACAAAAGCAUACAUAGUUCUACUUUUAAAUUAUAACAAAAUUAUAGAAAUUAUUUUUUAAAUUACUUUGCUCUAAUUGUAUUCCUUUUUUCUGUAAAAUUGGAUAGUUUUCUCCUUCAUUGACCUUAACAGUCAUAUAAAUGAGUGUCAGAGAAG